GUUUGAAAAGAGUUUCCAGAACUUUCCACAGUUUCAUGUGAUCUCUUUUUGUUAGCCACAUUAGCUUAGCCUGGUGUAAACUGGUUUCUGCUGGAGCUUCCCUCUGGUUAAAGGUUUAAACAACACGUGUCUUUGAGUUGAAGAGUUAAAGUUAAACUCCAGGUGUGUCCAGCUGUGUUUUAGUGAAGCUAGCUCUGUUAGCAGCGCAGGCUAAGCUAACGUUAGCUUGAUACACCGUUAGCCACAGUUAACGCAGAGUGUUCGAUUGAAAAUGGCGUCAGCGAGGAAACAGGUGAGGAGGAAACAAGUGGAGGAGAAAUGUGACAAAGUGUUCGACUUCACUGAGGAAAAGAAGAAGGAGAUGAGUGGAUCAGAAGAUGAAGUGAUAGAAGAUCAAACUCCCACAGUCGACAAAGUACCAAAGAAACGAGCUGCACCUGAUGUGGAGGAGGCUUCAUGUGCUGUCGGAAACGAGGUCCAGUCGAUGCUGGAGAAGUUCGGAGCUGACAUCAGCAAGGUGAUGCAGGCCAAGAAGAAACGUCUGGAGUGUCUGACAAAGAGCUACAUGAAGGGAAGUCAACACAAACUGGAGCUGCUGUGGAGCAACUAUCACGGCCAGAGGCAGAAGAUGAGCCAGCAGUACUCGCAGCAGGUGUCCACAGCGCUGCAGCAGUGGGAGACUGAAGCCCAGCGAGCUGAGGAGCAGGAGGAGAAGCUCAACAAUCUGUUCCGACAGCAGCAGAAGAUCCUGCAGCAGGCCCGAGUCGUGCAGAACCAGAAGCUGAAGACGGUCAGAGAGCUGUAUGAGCAGUUUGUGAAGAACAUGGAGGACAUGGAGAAGAGCCAUGACAGCUUCCUGCAGGGAGCCCAACAGGAGCUGAGGAAGGAGAUGGCCACCCUGCAGAAGAAGAUCCUCAUGGACACACAACAGCAGGAGAUGGCCACCGUCCGCAAGUCGCUGCAGUCCAUGUUGUUCUAACCCACUGUUACCAUAGCGACAGAGCUUAUUCCUUCGUUCUGCAGAGUUGUCAUGGUUACAGGCAUCCUAUAAACGUAAUUUGGUUCCUGUUCAUAUCGGGACGUUGUCCUCCGUUUUGUUUCAGUAAUACUUUGUGAUUUCAGUGAAAGAGUAAAAAUGAAUAAACACGGUUGUUUCUGUGAAAUCCAGUUCAUUCACCAGA